CUGCACAGUGCAACAGCAGCAGCGAGAACCGAGAGCCGCCUGCAGCAAGCCGAACAGUCUCCUGGGUUAUUGACCUGUCGUAUGUGGGAUACCUGAAGACAGGCGGGUACCUGCGGGAAAUAGAAGAGCAGAUACGACACAGUUGUGUUGUUGAGUUAUUUUUGUCAUUUUUUUGGAGGGCUUUUGUGUUGCCAGGGAAGAAAAAGUCCGAGCAGCCAUGACGCUUCAUCCGGUAUCUGCCUCAUCACUCAACAGCCACUUCUGACGAACCUGAUUUAGCAAACCAAAGAUGUCAGCGUGCAGCGACUUUGCUGAACACGUGUGGAAACCCGGCUCUUGUAAGAACUGCUUCCACCCGCUGAGUGCGCACCACAAGACUGUCGGAGGCCUGGAUGGCAGUGUGACAGCUGCUUGUUUCAAGAGCAUCCUGGGAGGCGAUGAAGACCCUGGAGUAACGUCGCCUUCACCCUACAGCAAGCCAACCAUCGCUGUCAAACCAACUAUGAUGAGCCUUGACACCAACGAGUCUAUGAUUGAUGUCAACAUGAACAUAGAGCAGGAGAACACAAAGAGCCCAGUCGAGCGUUUAGGCCUGAAGAAGCUUUUGGACCUGUCGUCUCUCUACAUUGAUAGUAACGGCUGCAACAAGGCCCAUAGGGAUGCAGUUCUGCAGAGUCCUGAAACAAAGAAGGACUACAACAACUGCAUUUCCCUGUCUUCUUUAUCCCCCAGUCACCUGCCUAAAGACUCUAUGAUCAUCAGCAAUAUCUUUGUCACCCAGGAAGAGGGUAGAGGUUCUCCGAGUUUGAGAAAUGGUAAUGGAGACACCUGUAGACAGCAGAAUACAACCACCACUAGAACCAAGAGCACUUAUAAUGGCAUUAGUGUGACUACCAGAGCAAAUCUUCAGGACACUGAUCAGGCAUCUGUGGAGAUACCUUUUUCUGUGGAUAUUGUCCCUACCAGUCCUCCCAGGGGUCAUAGCAACAGUAGUGAUAGUACUGCUUCUGUUACUGCUAAAAUAUCAAGCACUUCUACCCCUUUCCUCACCAAAGCCUUAAGUGUGGACACCAUUUGCCAUAACCCCCCACUAUCCCUCCACUCUCAUCCAGCCCUUUCUGGACAAACCAGCCUGUCGGACUCCUCUUCUUCCUAUCGAAGUAGUACAGAUUCAGUUCGGUCAGGGAGCCCCCAAAGCCCACAUGCGAUGGGAGGCUCACAGUCGGCUCCCAACUCUCCCAAUGGACAAACAGACUCAGAACCCAUUUAUGCUGAGAGCACCAAGAAAAAGCGCAGGCCACAAGAAAAUGGGGUUCAAUCCAAUCCCGUGUCCCCAAACCAGACUAAGAACUUAUCCCCGGGCUCUGAUUAUUCAGGAGAGAGUCAGCGGGCCACCAUCACUGUAAUGGCUACUCACACAAAGGAGAACCACAGGACAUUCUUCCUGAGCAGUCCAGAUUCAGCCAUUAGCACCCAAUGCCACUUCAGCCCCACAGCACGCAAAGACCCCACUAGCCCGGCCUUUCGCUGGCCCAGCCCCAGCCACAGCUCACCUUCUUUGCUCACAGAAGCCAGCCUUACCCCAACACUCCACCCCAAGCCUCAGUCCAGCCCACCCAUUCCCCCGAAAAGGACCAGCCGUUCCCCAAAACUAGGCGCCUCCAGCCUCUCGCCAUCCUUCUCUUCUCCAGUCCCUCUCCCUGAACUCCCCAUGCUUUUCCUAGUUUCUGCUAGAGAGGGCCACUUCAAGGUCCACACAGAGAACCACAGUUCAGCAUCAUCCGAACGCUGGCACAAGCCCCACCACCAGAGCUCUGGCUGGAACUGCCGCAUCGAGGAGGAAGAGGAGGAGGAUGAGCGAGAGCGGAAGGAGGGAGAGAAGAAGAAGUUGGCCGCUAACCCAGGGACAGCAUCUCGGGUGACGGGCCUGGUCAAUGGUGCCGAUGUCUGGAAGGAGGCCAGGGACUGCAAGGCCCACAGCAGCCCCCCCUCGGUGACAGAGCCAGGCACGGCCCCCCCGGCUGCCCCCGACAAUGGUGCCUGUCAGGGGGAGACUGAGGGCACCGGUACAGAGGAGGAGGGCAAGCAUAACGGGAGCAUGCCGUCCAAGCAACUGUUUCAUGGCGGCUCAUCAGAGCUGCUGGCAGCAGCGAGGGGAUCUGCCAACCAUGAGCCCAAUCCACCUCCUCCCCCACCUAAGAAACUGCACAGAGUGUGCAGUAAGAUGAGUGGCAGUAACAUGGAGCUGGACCGCUGCAGCCAACAAGGGUCGGCUGAGAGCCCCACUUCCUCUCUGCGGGGCCUGGGCAGUGCCAGCCUACCCACGGCCUCCACUGACAACCUGAAUGCGGAUAGUGGUUCUCGGGAUGCUACCCAGAUGUCUUGCUCCUCUCCAUUCUCCAGAAGUCCUGCGGCCUCAGCUCCAGGAUCUCCUCACCCACCAUUCUUGAACAGCUUGAGUAACACGCCACCUCCACUUCCAGAGAAAAAGAUGGUCAACCGCACCGUGUCCGCUCCAGAUAGCGCAAACGGAAGACCCUUUGUCCGAGCCUACCCACGUCUCCCAUUCACUGGCUCAGAGAGCAACGUGUGCCGCCCUGGUGAUAUUAGCUCCCGCUGCAGUUUACCUUCCAGCCCGAUAGACCCGCGACCCGUCUUCUCUUCUAACGAGUCUCUGGAGCAUUGCCACACCCCGCUAGGCCGACCCUCGAGGUCCCGGACACUGGAUGAGCCACUGAAAACUCAUGGGCGUCUGGGCGUCCACUGCCGGAGCAGCAUCACCUGCUCCUCUUCUCCCCAACUCAGCGUGCCCUUUUCAGCCACAGAACCUGGCUCUGCGGCAAAUCUGGGCUCCAGCCUGCAACUACAGACCCUUCUGAGUAACAUGGACAGUAGGGAGGGAGUGUACUCCAAACUGGGAGGCCUGUAUGCAGAGUCUCUGCGGCGCUUGGCUCUGAAAUGCGAGGAUCACUUUACUCGUUCCCAGAGAAACCCACUUAGGUUUGAGGAGAGCAACUGGUCUCUGUUCAGGCUCACCUCCAACAAGCCGAGCUGCAACUCGGGAGACGCUGUGUACUACUCUGCUGCCUGCGCCUCCGACCCCAGCAACUCAUACGCCGUGAAGAUUUGCAAGAGUCCAUCCGUGGAGGCGAAGCAGGGCCAUCUGUACGGCCUGUCAGUGCAGCAGAGCAUGCCCCCCCACUUCAACCUGCAGCAGGACUGUGGCCACUUCCUCGCCUGUGUACCCAAGAGCAUGCUGCCUUCUGACGAAGUCUCUCUGCCCAGCACACCUGCUUCCUCGCUGCCUCAACCCUCCGGGUCUGUGCCUGGCCAACAGGUGGAGCAAGAGCGAGUGGUGGUCAUCACCCCCGAGAUCCCUCGACAGACAGCGGCUGACUUUGUCCGGGAGUGGGCGGCGUUCCAUAAAGCUCAGCCAGAAGUCUAUGAGCGCCGUGUGUGCUUCCUCCUCCUGCAGCUCUGCCAUGGCCUGGAGCACUUGAAGGAGCACGGGGUCACGCAUCGGGACAUCUGCCUGGAGAACCUGCUGCUGGUGCCACAUCUCCGAAGGCACUCCCAGUUCUCCGCACAGAGCACCUCCGAAAACUGCACCAGUAACGGUUCAGGUGGUGUAGACAGUCAGCGACACCUUCCCCGGCUUCUCAUCAGCAACUUUGCUAAGGCCAAGCGUCGCUCCUCUGAGGAUGCCGCCUCCACCAGCGUGGACCCUCGCUUUAAACGCGACCACGCCAGAUUGGCUCCUGAGAUCGUGUCAGCUGCUCAGUACCGGAAAUUUGACGAGUUCCAGACAGGCAUCUUGAUCUAUGAACUCCUCCACCAAGCCAACCCAUUCGAAGUGAGCCCAGCUCUGAAGGAACAAGAUUACCGCUGCGAGGAGCUGCCUCCCAUCCCCUCUGUGUCCCUUUACUCCGCCGGCCUCCAGAGGCUGGCGCAGCUCCUGCUCCAACCUGACCCUAUCAAACGCAUCCACAUUCAGGAGGCGAAGCGCAUCCUGCAGAGCCUGCUCUGGGGCCCCAGGAAGGACCUGAUGGAGCAGCAGCGGGAGAGGCACGGACAGGGAGUCGGCUUUGUUGAUGGGUCCCGACACGAGGGCCUCCUGAACUGGCUGGACGUUAAACGGGCCCUGCUGAUGAUGAAGUUCGCAGAGCGCUCCUUGGAGCCCGAGAGGAACGCAGAGCUGGAGGACUGGCUGUGCUGUCAGUACUUUUCCUCGGCUCACCCUCUGUCUCUCUGCCAUACUGCCGAGCUGCUCUACUCGCUGAAGUGAGGGCCUCUUAAGAGUUCAAAUGUGUGUGAGUUGAUUAGAACUAAUGUGUGUAUGAGGAAGACCAACAACAAAGGUAAUGUCUAGACACUAUGGAUGGGAGACACUGUGAACCUGCCCACCUGUUUGCGCUCCUGCUGCAUGCUGAAGAGCCUGCAUCACCCUAACCGUCCACUCUCUACCUGUAAAACUGCUACAGACUGUCAACAUGACAAAGACAUUACCCAUUAACAUUCAUCUGUUUCUAAAUAUUCUUGUAACAGUAAGACAUGGACUAAAAAUUCGCUUAUCGACUAGAAUCACUUUUGAUCAAUAUGGACAGUAUUCAUAAUCCUGUAAUACACUUACCAAAGCUUCAUGUUUGACACUGUAUUGUGAGUAUUUAUUAAAAUAAAAGACAUCUUACUCGAUAAGAAGAGGCUAACAGUUCAUCACGUCAGCUAGCUUUGCAGAGUAAUGCUGUGUUGUCUCUAAGUAACUGUGCAGCUAACUUUUAAUACAAAAAAGAUAUGAGGUCACUAGCAGACUGACACUGUUGCACCUUUUCCAUUUUUUCAUGGGCACAUAGUGCUGUACUGUAUACUGUGUAAACGAUACAAACUUUUCUUUAACCAAAUCCACAGUAAGUUACAGAGUAAUGCCGGUUCCUCAGUGAAUGCUGCUGUACUAGUUGCAUACGUUUUGUUAGACAGCAAUGCCUAAUAAAGACUUAUUAUGAAUUAUUCAUAAGCCAUGCAACUCAAUAUUAAUUGGAUUGACUAAACUAUUGGCAACGUUAGCGUAUCUUCUACUGAAUGGAUAACCAGUUUCUCCUUACUUUUAGUCUAUAUUUCAAUGUUUUGACAUGUUUUCGCAGUGCCUUUUGUUCUUUGUAUGUUACAGUGACUCCGAAGCAACAUGUAAAUAAUGCCGAUCAUUCGUCCUUAGUGAAACUGGCCUUUCACCGAAUGUUCCCGAAACGACUUUGUACAGCAAUUUGUAGAUGAUAGUAGAAAAUGAGCCCAAGCAGGUCUUAAAAAGCCAUUAAUAAGAGCAGCAGUUAAACAUCUAUUUAUGAAAUAAUUUGUUAUCCUGUAGUAGUCACUGGAAUGUCUCUGUUUAUUUUUCAUUUGUGGAUUAUCAAGUUGUUUAUUUUUGCCUACUGUGUCCCAUGAAGGCUGCAGAGAAAGCUUCGAGUUCAUGGGAAUAUUAUCUCCGACAAAGAAUUUCCUAAUAAAGUCAAGAUUUUUACAGCCUGCACCAGGUUUCAGCCCGACUGAUGUUCCUAAUGUUGCAGAAAAAACACGUGGUCACAACUAAUGCAUUAUGGAUUUCAAUUAUUUUGUGUGUUCCUCACCUAUUUGCAUCUAUCAAUAAACUGUGCAUAUAUUUUCUCACAGUAUAA